CUCCUCCCUCCCCGCUGCGACCCCCAGGACGGAGGGCCUUUCCUAGGACCCUCUCUCCACGGCACAUCUGUGGGAGAGGAGGGACGUACAUUCGGGAGAGAGUGGGACCUGGGCGUAGGGCUGGGGUGUUAAGUUGGGAGGACAGGCUGUGAAUGCAGGCUCCAGCUGUGCAGACUACCCAUCCUUUUCUUGGCUCCAAGGAGAAAGGCAAGCCUGGCAGCCAUUCCUCUCUGAGGAGGUCUGGGCGAACCCCACCAACCGGCUGCCCAAGCUGCUGAGGGGACGAGGGAACCACUGCCCCCCGCCCCCUGCGGUGUCCUCCCGCCUCAGAGCUGGAUCUUACCCCGCCCCGCACCGCAGUGACCUCCCCUUCCUCACUGCAGUGACCUUCUCCUUUCCCCCUGGAAGGGGUGGGGGAAUCCCUUCUCCAGCCGGUGGUAGCCGCCUGCUCCUCCCCACCCCCACCCACUGCAGUCACCUCUUUCCCAUCCUCCUAGCCUCUGGCCCCUCCCACGAUCUCAGGCUCCACCCCUCUAAGCCUCUUACCUUUCUCCUUACUUCCCUUCCACCCAAGGAGAUCCCAGCCAUCAUGUCGAUAACGAAGAUCUGGGCCCGGGAGAUCUUGGACUCCCGUGGAAACCCCACUGUGGAGGUGGAUCUCUACACUGCCAGAGGUCUUUUCAGGGCCGCAGUGCCCAGUGGAGCCUCCACUGGGAUUUAUGAAGCCCUGGAGCUAAGGGAUGGGGACAAACAGCGUUACUUAGGCAAAGGUGUCCUGAAGGCCGUGGACCACAUCAACACAACCAUUGCACCAGCCCUCAUCAGCUCAGGUCUCUCUGUGGUGGAGCAGGAGAAGCUGGACAACCUGAUGUUGGAGUUGGAUGGGACAGAGAACAAAUCCAAGUUUGGGGCGAAUGCCAUCCUGGGUGUGUCCUUGGCCGUGUGUAAGGCAGGGGCAGCCGAGCGGGAAUUGCCACUAUAUCGCCACAUUGCUCAGCUGGCUGGGAACUCAGACCUCAUCCUGCCUGUGCCGGCCUUCAACGUGAUCAAUGGUGGCUCCCAUGCUGGGAACAAGCUGGCCAUGCAGGAGUUUAUGAUCCUUCCGGUGGGUGCCGAGAGCUUUCGUGAUGCCAUGCAACUUGGGGCGGAGGUCUACCACACGCUCAAGGGAGUCAUCAAGGACAAGUAUGGCAAGGAUGCCACCAAUGUGGGAGAUGAAGGCGGCUUUGCCCCCAACAUCCUGGAGAACAGUGAGGCCUUGGAGCUGGUGAAGGAAGCCAUUGACAAGGCUGGCUACACGGAAAAAAUUGUCAUUGGCAUGGAUGUCGCUGCCUCAGAGUUUUAUCGUGAUGGCAAAUAUGACUUGGAUUUCAAGUCUCCUGCUGACCCUUCCCGAUACAUCACUGGGGACCAGCUGGGGUCCCUCUACCAGGACUUUGUCAGGGACUAUCCUGUGGUCUCCAUUGAGGACCCCUUUGACCAGGAUGACUGGGCUGCCUGGUCGAAGUUCACGGCCAAUGUAGGGAUACAGAUUGUGGGUGAUGACCUGACAGUGACCAACCCAAAGCGUAUCGAGCGGGCACUGGAAGAAAAGGCCUGCAACUGCCUGCUGCUCAAGGUCAACCAGAUCGGUUCAGUCACUGAAGCUAUCCAAGCGUGCAAGCUGGCCCAGGAGAACGGCUGGGGGGUCAUGGUGAGUCAUCGCUCAGGGGAGACUGAGGACACCUUCAUCGCAGACCUGGUGGUGGGGCUGUGCACAGGCCAGAUCAAGACUGGUGCCCCGUGCCGCUCUGAGCGUCUGGCUAAGUACAACCAGCUCAUGAGAAUUGAGGAAGAGCUGGGAGACGAAGCUCGCUUUGCCGGACACAAUUUCCGCAAUCCCAGCGUGCUGUGAUCCCUCUACUCUCCUGGAGACUGGGACCCCCUCCACCCUCCUGGAACCCCUUCCUGUCCUGCUCUGUGAUAUUUCACCCCAGACACCCCAGCUGACCUGCCCCACGGCUCCUGGGCUUGUCCCACCCCUGCUGUCUCUACUCUCCCCCUCUGGGUUCCACACUCUUCACUUCUCCUCCCUUCCUUUUCUCUCUCCUCAAAGACUGGCCACAGGACUGAGGAUUAUAAGGGGGUCCGUGGAAGAAUGAUCAGGGUCUGUGACGGGAGCAUCAGGGUUGGCUGCUGAGGUGUUCAGGGAGGGGCCCUGGGUCACUUGUGCUUUGCACCUGUUCCAUGUGUUUUCCACGUUGCAGAUGAGCCAGGCACUGCAUGGUGCUGAGGUGGAGGGAGGUGCUGGCUGCUGGGCAUGCCUGCCCUAAGGUUUUAGUGUGUUAUUAUUUAUUUAUUUAUUUAUUUAUUUUUCACUCAUCCUGUUGAUGAUUCAUUUCCUCAUGACUCCAGGGCCAAAAACUGGCCUGACUGGAGGGUACUAUGUAUUUCAUAUGGCUAUAGAUUCUGAGAUGGUCUGGGAUGGAAGUCUUGCUGGAAUGCUGAAGGGAACAGAAAAAGGCCUUGCUGGCAGUUCCUUUGUGUGUAGCAACCCUUCACUGAAGCCUGGCUGGGGCCAGAGAUGGGGCUGUGCACCUGGGGACUCUUCCCCGGAACUCUCUUCCCAGCCCUACCUUCCCUGUUCUUUCUCCAGCUGCCCCAGAGCAAGGUCUUGCUCCCACCAUGCCAUGUUCCACAGUUCCCACCACCUCUGACAUUGAAAUGAGCACCACCAUUAAAGUCUGAAUCACAGUGCA